ACCUCACUGGCAGUGAGCUCAAUAAAGCCAAGCCACCGAGCUCUAGAAUUGCAUCAACGCCGGCUAGCUAGUGGUAGAUCGAUGACGCCUCCCACGGCCCGCGUCCUGGCCGCCGCGGCCCUCGUCGCGGCGCUCGCGCUGAGCGUCGUCCCCGGCUCCGGCGGCACCCCGGAGACGACGUGCGCGGCGGCGGCGGCCCGCGACCGUCGCGUGGACUACGGCUUCUGCGUGUCGCGGCUGAGCCACCACCACGACAGCCCCGACGCGGACACCUGGGGCCUGGCGAAGGUGGCCGCCGACGUGGGCAUCGCCACCGCGGGGGACGCGGUCUACGACAUCAAUGCCCUGCUCGCCGCCAAGCCGGCCGGGGGCGCCGACGCCAGGGCGCGGGCGGCGCUGGAGCAGUGCAAGGCGCAGUACGACGCGGCGGAGAUGGCGUUCGCGGAGGCCUACGACGGCAUCAACCGGCGCGACUACGCGGCCGGGAAGGCGGAGGCCGCGGAGGCGGCGUCCCUGGCGCGCCGGUGCGGCCGCGCCUUCGCGCGGGCCGGCGCCCCGCCGCCGCCGCAGGUCGCGCGGUGGGCCGACGAGUCCGACAAGAUCGCCGUCGUCUGCGCGGCCAUCACCGACCUCAUCAAGUGACGGGGGUUCUGUUGCAUGCGUCCGUUACAAUUACAACCCCCGAAGUAACGCGGUCGACAUGGCAGUUACCCGAGCGUUGUCGUCGCCGCAAAAUUGUAAUGGAAUAAUAAAAAGCGUUUCGUUU